UCGAGCUGAGGGCAUAGUCAUGUCAGGGCUGAUGACUCUCGCCUUACUUGCUGUCACUGCUGCAGGAGUCUCCAGUAGUGAGAUGUCGGACUGCUCGUACUUGAGCCUCCUGACUCACUUGAACCUGAUUCAAACAGACUCCCCUCUGUCAAUAAUGAGACCUGUGAAAAACUGGACUACAACAACUGUUGUUUACCUGGACAUGGUGCUGUUUGGUAUUCUAGAAGUGGAUGAAAAGUCUCAAACUGUCACCACUCACGUCCAGACACAAAUGAGCUGGAGAAAUGAAUUCCUGAACUGGAAUUCUUCAAACUUCUGUGGAAUUAAAAUGUUGACGGUUCCUAGGAACAUGCUCUGGGUCCCAGAUGUAUCCAUUCAAGAGGACACUUCUGACACUGGGACCAUUCGGAACAGUCCUCUGGUCACUCUGACAUCUAAUGGGUGGGUGAGCGCAAGCGGACGCCAGCGGCUGACGACCACCUGUCAGUUCAAACUGAAACUCUUCCCAUUUGACACACAGCGUUGUAACAUCACAUUUGGAUCCAUGAACUACCACGCGGAAUCAAUUGUACUGAGAACAAUCAACAGUCAAGAAACUCUUUCUUCAGUCUCUGUUCUGAUAAUGAUCACACAGGGAGAAUGGGAACUUUUAAACAUGACAAUUAUUUAUGAUUCUCUUGAAAAACAAAAUGUAUCUGAGAGCAGGCUCAUAUACAUGGUCAUCAUCAAGAGGAAGCCAAUGCUUUAUGUGAUCAAUUUAAUCGUGCCCCUGUUGUACUUCCUGAUCCUGGAUCUGGCGUCAUUUUUCAUCAGGGGUGAAAAACUGAGCUUCAAAGUGACUCUGCUCCUGUCAAUCUCCGUCCUCCUGCUCCUUCUUCAGGAUAUGCUGCCGUCCACUGAAGCCAAGCUGCCGUUGAUGGCCAGCUUCUGUGUGUCGGUGUUCACUCUGGUGGGGCUGAGCAUCCUGGAGGCCAUGCUGAUGGACUUUCUGUUGGGGCUCGAUGGUUGCAGUGGAAACAAUGCUCAAAACGCGGUUAAUAACCAGGAAGUGGAAAUUCAGCUGGAAGGCAACUCUCACAAAGACCCCUCUGCAGCUGAAGAGCGAGGUCAUCUGGGUCCAGUGAUGAAGCCCAGUGAGGUUGAGCUGCUGAUGCUUAUCCUGGAGGAAGUGAAGGUGGCUCGAAUGGAAACUGGACGACACGUCAAAGACGACAGAAAGCCCGGACGUUACACAAGGCUGGCUCAAAUCAUAGACUCUGUGUACUUUGUACUCUAUUUUCUCUGUGUUGUAUCAUAUUUGGUAUUCCUGAAUAAGGAGUGGCUUUGAAGCUAUUUAUCAAAUAAGGAAGAGUAGGUAGCUAUAAUUGGCCUCCAUAUGAAGCCUAUAAUUUACUUCUAUAAUGGCUCAUUAAUAUCUCAACAUAAACAUAAUAAAAUGGUGAAAAUACAUGCACUCAUUUUUUUACAAAUAAAAAGCUGCUUAGUCAAAGGUUUUCACAGUCGUGGAGACACUGAGGCAAAACUAUGUUUUUGGGCCCAAAACUGACUUAAAAUGUAUAAAUGAUCAAAUGAUCAUUAUUUCUCGCCCCGAAACUAAGAAGAAAAAAAUCGAGAGAUGCAAUGAUUGGUUGAUUAACAAUUAAAUCAUCGGCAGACACUGACAAACUGAAGAAUAGGUGAUGCUUCUGCAAACAGCCUGUCAUAUGCUGUGGUCAUGUGACAGGAAAUACUGAAAAAGUGGUUUUGAUAACCGCAGCAGCACCGAGGUGCGAGUUGAAACCAAAUCCGCAAUUCAAAAUAAAAGUGGUGUAAUGGAAAUCAUGUGGUAAGCACGUUAUUGUUAUUGUUGCGCUAACUGCAUAGUGACAAUGAUGAUAGUGUGCAGUGAGGUAAAUGCAGUGAGGUAAAGCAGUCUCCGUAUCUGUCUUCAGUGAACAACCACGUGUGGCUAACCUACACAAGAUUCACACAUUUUUUUGUAUUUAUUAUAAAAUCACAAUAACCCAAAUAACAGUGUGUGACGCAGCUUCACCAAACCUGCGCGUUAGCGAACAAAUUCCAGAUCAGUAGUCACACAAUUUUGUACAAGUAAACACAAGUUUACACUAGUUAGUUACUCUAAAAUAAUGUUUAUGAUUAAAUAAAAUAAGGAUUUCUUCCCGACACUGGCCCUGUCACACGACUCGUGUAGAUAUUUGUAAAACAAGCACAAAACAACGCUUAUUUUAUUGAAAUAUGCGUCAUAUGGUGGAUUAUUAGUGAAGCAUAUUGAUGCAAAUUGAAAAAUGGGUCUUAAAAUAUAAGAAAAGUCUUGAAUCAAAUCUUUAUCUCGGAUGACUGUGAGUCAACGUUAACAUAAUCAUUAAAAGUAACGACGAGUAAUCA